CGCAGGCGAGAGGCAGGCGGCGGCGGCGGGAGGCUGGGAGGAGGGGGACUCCUCGCUCUUCUCCCAAGUCGGCGCGGAGCCGCCUCGGGCCGGGCUGAGCUGUACGCGGCGGCGCCGGGCCCCGGCCGGGAUGCGGGGCUCCCAGGACCGCGCGGGGCGGGGCGGGCGGCCGCGGCGGCCGGCGGGCGGGAGCUGUCCGCGGUGCUGAAGCGGCGGCGCCGGGGACGCGGGGCCGGAGCCAGGGAGCCCGCUGGGAGUUCCAACGCGGCCGCGAGGCGGGGGAGCCCUCGCUCACCGGCCCAUGCCGAGCCCCCGAGCCCCGCGGAGGAAGCGGGACCGUGCGCGGCGGGACAGGCUCUCUGAGGACUGCUCGGCCGGCCCAGGCUCCCCUCCCUGGCAGCUGCCCCCAGAAGCAUGGAGAGUCUGAGUGAACUUCAGAACCCACUGCUGCCCAGGAGCCCUGCCCACCUCCACAGCCCCUGUCCCUACCCAGAGACCCCACCCAGCUGGUCCUGCAGGGAGAAGCUCUACUCCUACCUCCUGGGUGGCACUGGCCCCACUCGAGCCCACCAGCUCCUAGACCCAGGUUCCCUGCAGCUGGCCGUGGAGGCCUGGUACCGGCCCAGCUGCCUCCUGGGGAGGGACAAGGUGAAGGAACCCAGGGCAGAUAGCUGUGAGACCAGCUUCACAGAGGGCAGGGAGCCCCAGGCAGGGCUCACAGAGCGGCCCGCAGGCCCCAGCCAAGCUGAAGAGGAUGUCACCAUCCACACUGUGUCCUAUGGAGUUCAAGAGGAGCUACAGGGCCAAGAGGAUGACCAGGAGGAGGAUGAGAGUAAUGCAACUUCAACAGAGAGUGAAAGUGAAGACAACUUCCUCACGCUGCCUCCCAGGGACCACCUGGGUCUUACUCUCUUCUCCAUGCUCUGCUGCUUCUGGCCACUGGGCAUUGCUGCCUUCUAUUUCUCCCAGGGGACCAGCAAGGCCAUCUCCAAGGGAGACUUCCGCCUGGCCAGCACCACCUCCCGCCGGGCCCUUUUCCUGGCUACACUCUCCAUCGCCGUGGGGGCUGGUCUCUAUGUAGCCGUGGUGGUGGCUCUGGCAGCUUACAUGUCCCAGAAUGGCCAUGGCUAGUGGCCGGUUGGGCCUGGAUCCUGCCUCCCCUGCCCAACUAAGGAAGCAGUGGGGCUUAGGGUUGCAGACCUGCCCAAGAGCCCAGGCCCCCAAACAGAAAGCAAGAGAGUGGCUUGCUGGGGGGGAGGCCCCCAGUCUGCAGCCUGCAGAGCUCAGCCUUCACUUCUUCUUGCCCACUGCCCCAGUCCCAGAGCAAGGCCAGGGGCACUGCUCUCUAACACAGGCUGUAGAGGGGACACAGGAGACGGCAGGGUCUUGCUCAGACUACCCUGCCCAUUUCCUCAAGGGUCGCCUGUCCUGCAGGCAGCCUACCACCAAUUCCACCAACCUCCCCACAGAGAACAAGCAGUAGGUUACUGGGAGGAAAAGGGGUAACUAGGGGACAGGGGACCAGACCUAGUCCUUCAGGGGUCUUCUUCUAGGGAAGCCUGAGUUUCCUCUAACUCUGCUCUCUGGCCCCAUUACACCCAGACCCCAGCCAGCCAGGAAGGAAAUACGUGGAGGCUCAGGAGCUCUUGCUCUUUCUGAGUCUGGGGGAUGCUCAUCUUCCCUGUGGGCUUAUAAGACAUCAUAGAAUCUAUGUAGAGGAGUCCCAGAGUGAACUUCUCUGUACAGGAGCAAAAGGUAAAUGUGAUCACAGAGAGACUGGAGGGCCCUGAAAUAUUGCUGGACCACAAGGACCUCCCCUCUCUGCCCCUGUUCCCUGCCCUCAUCAUCCAUUUCUGGACUCUGCCUGGGAGUCCCGAGCUGGUGCCAUCCCAGGUAGAGGGAAAGAAAGUGCCAUCAGCCCACCAGCCACUGAGUGCAGGGCCCUAAGCCCUGUAGGAAAUGCAGUGGGGAGAGACACUGGGAAGUAGUGAAUGCAGGUGAUGCAGGGACUCAGGGCAGGUGUAGGCUGCUGAGUAGCCAGCAGUCCUCAGGAAGGCUUCCUGAAGGAGGUAUCCCUUGAGCAAGGCCUAGAAAGAUGAGCAGAAUUCAAAAAGAGAUUUGUUUUCACAUAACUCCUAUAUUUGUAGGCAGGGGUGCGGCAGGUGCCUUCCAAGUGGGGUUUCCAAGGUGUUUGGAUUCUGCCUGGCGUGUCCAGGCUGGAGCCAAACUGCGGCCAUUCAUGAGGGUUCUACCAACUCAAGGAGAAAAGUCACUGUCUCUCAAAGACCAAUGAGGUUUUCCUACCUCUGAAUGAAGGGAAAUUGGUGAUGGAUACCUUUGGGGCAUGAUCACUAGAAACCCCACUCAGGGCUGCUCUUGACACCCACAGCCAUUAAGGAACAUCCAGAAUUUUAGAGGUAUCCAAUAGGCAGAGGGUAGAACGUUAGGAGGGCAGGCCUGUGUGGGUCCAAGCUACAGGACCUAUUGUGCAUGAUUUUGGUACCUGGACAUUCCCAUGUCCCAUCCAGAGCCUAUGGCUUGGCUCACCAUGGGCCAUCCCUUGUCCCAUUGUUCUCCCCCACCUUCCACUCGCUGCAUCAUCAGCAGUUUUAAGAUCCCAUUGUUGUAUUUCUAUAUCCUUGUAAUAAACAUUUCCAUAACACCUGGUGCCCUCUUGCUGUCCUCACCUGCACCCCCACCUUUUCCUACAUCCCAUCUUCCCCCAGACUGACCUCCCAGCAGCCUCUGGAAAGGACAAGUCCAUGUGUUGACAUUAUAAGGUAGCAUGGCCAAUGUGUUUACUCUGUCUCAGAACUUCUUAGCUUGGAGUAGCCUGAAUACAGGGUGAUAGCAGACAUUUGACCCUGGGCAAGACCUGUGCCUGGAGAAAAAUCCCUUCUAGGCUCAAGAGCCUUAAAGGUCAGGGACAAGGAGAAUGGGCCAUAGUGAAAGGCUCCAUGGAGUUGCCUGGAGCUAUAGAGUGUGGCCCCAGGGUGUGAGGGCCAAGGAGCCCCAUUCUCCAGCUUCCCAUUCUUAAAUCCCCCACAUCUUCCAUCUGAGAAGCUGCUCCUGCACUGUGUGGAGGGGAAGCCAUCUUUGCCUGCCUCAGACACCAGCCACAGCACCAGAUCUCCAAGACCCUCUUGGUCAUGUCCCCCAGGAUCCUGCCUGUGCUGUCAGAAAGUCUGGACUGCCUCUAUGUCACUGUGUAUGGGAGGCCCUGGGAGGUGGGUUUUGCACACCCCACACCCAUAUGUGCACCAUAUGAGACAGUUAUGCACGUAUGCAUACACGCAUGCUGCAUAGGUGUCCCAGAGACUAAGAUUAGUGUGCAGGAUUUAUAUUAGGGGCUGCUCUCAGGAUAACAUUUGUUCAAGGGAGGAGGAGACUGAUCUGGGCAGAGGGAGGGAUUAGGCUGUGAUGCAGUCUGAGUGAGUCUGGGCUAACCUAUUAUAGAGCAAACCUGUCCUUCAGAGUUGGUACAAGUUGGAGCAAAAAGCCAGGCCUUUCUACCCACUCAUAGAUCAGUCAUUGGAUAUGGACCAUGCAGAACAGCAUGGUACCCCACACAAGGCAGCUUACUUUGGCUAAGGCAACCCCCACGGGGAGCCCCAAAGGCUGCUUGCAGCCAGCACCUCAGCAGCGGAGGGCUGUCCGUGCACCCAGAAAGGGAUCCAUGUUGCACAUUACUGCAUCCACCACACCUCCCCGCUGAGUGGGCAAGCUGGUGCCCCCUGCAUUCACCUCUGCAUGCUGAAGCCUGCUUCCUGGGCACCCUGUAACACUGGACAGAGAAUGCAGCCUUCAGCCCUGACUGAUGGAGUGGGUGGAUACACACCCCACACGUCUGGCCCUUGAAUGGGAGAACACUGGUUCCCAGGGUUCCCCAGUGGGACUGGGCUUC